UUCAGUUUUUUAUGAACACCCCUAAACCUAUAAAUGCGAUAUCACAUCUAUAUCUAUCUAUUUAUCUAUAUAUUUAUGUAAAUGCACUAACCAUCCACUAUGUAUCAUUGAUUAUUCCAUAAACUUCCCUCGUGGCUCAUGCUCUUAGAGUGAAAUCCUUCUUGCUUACAUCUUUCCACAAUUUCAUUUAAUUUGAGAAAGCAUGAAUCACGGCAUCGAUCACCACGUUCUUCCCAAAUACUAACACUAAUAAUUCAAGUGUCCAAACACUCCCUAUAUACAUAAACUCAACGUUGACAAACUCAAAAAGCCAAAAACUCAACCAAACAUGGAAACUCCAACAUCCUCCUCAUCAACAUCUCUUCUCCCUUCACUACAACCAUUACAACUCAACUCAACCUCUCAUCACCAUUUUAACAACCUUUUCUCUAACCUCAACUCCAUUCUCAUCACCUCGAAACCUCGAAAAUCCGCCAUUUUUAAUCUAUCUUCAUCUUCUUCCUCUUUCCUAUGUACCUCCAUGUCCAUGAAACUCAAACUUCAAACAUCAUCAACCUCUCAUAUUUCACCAAAAUCCACCAUGAUCACUAAUAAGACUAACCUCUCGGUCUUCGAACGUGCCCUUAUUGGUGCGUGCGCUGGAGGAUCAGCUGGUGCUUUCACUUACUUCUGCCUUCACCCACUUGACACCAUCAAAACAAAGCUUCAAACAAAAGGAGCUAGUCAAGUUUACAAAAAUACCCUCGACGCCAUUGUUAAGACCUUCCAAACUAAAGGGAUUUCAGGGUUUUAUAGUGGAAUAUCAGCUGUUAUUGUAGGAUCAACUUUCUCUUCUGCUUUAUUAUUUGGAACUUGUGAACUUGGAAAAUCAUUCUUAUCAAAAUUUGAGAAAUACCCUUGUUUGUUAAUCCCACCUACUGCUUCUGUAAUGGGUAGUAUUGUAUCUUCUGCAAUUAUGGUACCUAAAGAACUAAUAACACAAAGAAUGCAAGCUGGUGCAAAGGGAAAAUCGUUAGAAAUUUUACUACAAAUCUUGCAAAAAGAUGGUGUUUUAGGGCUAUAUACUGGUUAUUCAGCUACAUUGUUAAGGAACUUACCUGCAGGAGUUUUGAGUUAUUCGUCGUUCGAAUGGCUUAAAACUGCUGUUAUGAUCAUAAGGAAUAAGGAAAAGUUGACACCAUUGGAGAGUGUUUGCUGUGGAGCAAUGGCGGGGGCGAUUUCGGCAACGUUGACAACACCAUUAGAUGUUGUUAAAACAAGGUUGAUGACACAAUUUCAAGGGUUGGUUGUUAAUAAUAAUAGUAAGGAUGUUGUUUUUGGUGUUAUGAAUAGUGGAGUUAGUGCAACAAUUAAGCAGAUUUUAAUGGAGGAAGGUUUGGUUGGUUUUACUAGAGGAAUGGGAGCUAGAGUUGUUCAUAGUGCUUGUUUUUCUGCAAUUGGUUAUUUUGCAUUUGAGACUGCUAGAGUUGCUAUUUUGGAUCAGUAUCUUAAGCAUAAAUAUCAUCAGUCUAAUAAAGAGAUGAUGACUUUGGAUCCUUCUUAAAUAUAGAGAUUUCUAAUUUGGGAGGAUAUAUAGUUUGCCUACCCUCAAUUAUGUUGGAUCGUCUUAGACCUGUUGAAUGCGUAUUUUUAGAAUAUCAA